AUGUGGUUGCUCAGUACAGAUCGCGCCGAACUACGCUUCUUCGUCUCCCCCGAUCGCGUCGAUGGGGGAUACGCCAUCCUCUCUCACGUGUGGGGCGAUAAUGAGCAGUCGUUCCAGGACGUCCAGGCCUUUCAGGACGGUCGUAAUCCCAGGGAUCUUGUUUCCGACAAGAUUCGCGAGUGCUGUCUCCUCGCUGAGCGCCAUGGCUACAAGUGGGUGUGGAACGACACGUGCUGCAUCGACAAGAGUAGCAGUUCCGAGCUAUCCGAGGCCAUCAACUCGAUGUUCCUCUGGUACUCUCGUGCCGACAUUUGCUAUGCCUACCUUCAAGAUGUCUCAAGCGAUGCGCCCGACAUAAAGCCCAGGUUCCGGGAAAGUCGCUGGUACACGCGUGGUAGGACCUUGCAGGAACUUAUCGCUCCCGAUCUCCUCAUUUUCGUGUCGGCAGAGUGGGAGAUUCUUUGUGACAAGGCAGAGGAAGCGUCGUUGGUGGCAGAGAUAACGAAGAUUCCGGAGGCUGUCUUGCGGAAGGAGGUAGAAUUGGAUGACAUCAGUGUCGCGCAGCGGAUGUCCAUGUCAUGGGCGGCCACGCGAGAAACGACGCGGGUGGAAGACAGGGCGUACUCCCUCCUUGGGAUCUUUGGCGUCAACCUGCCGACUCUCUAUGGGGAGGGCCCGGAGGCUUCCCGGCGGCUUCAGGAAGAGAUUAUGCGAACGUCGAUCGAUACGUCUCUCUUUGCCUGGGGACGCCGGUCAGACUAUGCUGUAAACCGGUCACAGUCACCACAGUUCGGAGUUAUAUCUCUUGGCACGGUCACCGUCUGACUUUGAGAACUGUGGUGACAUCCGAGCCGUUCUCAGGCCUGAUGCAAACAGAAGGUCAAGCACCAAUUUCUCGUUUACCCUCUCGCCAGACGACCCUAAGGGAUCAAUAACAUAUUCUGACUCGGUAAAGGACGUUGGCAUUCCGUCUUUCUCCAUCACCCCCUACGGUGUCCAAGCACGUGUUCCACUCUAUGAAGAUCG